UCAUUCUCUGUGAGGUGGCACUCCUUGCUGUGAUGUCACAGUUGUUGCUUUCACCCCUGUGGCAGUGGUGGGAGCGGUGGCUCAGUCCGCUUGUGGGACGCGCAGGAAGUGAACCCAGAGAGAGCUUUGUGUCUAUCUGGAAACAUCCUGUAUGAUGGAGCGGCUGAGAGCCCUUCGAGGUCUCUUUGCCUGUGUGGGCUGCAUGCCCAGACCUACACGUCGCAGGGAGAGAGGCAGGGUGGAAAGCCCUGUCCCCACCUGUGCCGUGACUUUACUGCUGCAGCGCCUGCAAGACCAGGAGGGUGACCGAGCGCAGGCGUACUGCGAGCUGGAGCACGUCCUGUGGGAAGGUGACAGCCGCCCGCCGUGCGGAGUGGUGAACCGGCUGCUGGCAGAGGUGUCCCAGGACCUGACAGCAGCCCAGGGCGUGACGGACAGCGUGAGGACGGCUGCCAGCAAUGUCCUGGUGGCUCUGGCCCGGACACACUUCAGCUUGGUGAUGGCCGAGCUCCAGGGCCACCUGAAGGCCACACGGGAGAUGUCUAAGGACUUUGUGCUCUUGACCCUGGGCAAACUCUUCAGCACCUAUGCUCCACAGUGCAUCUCCUUUGUGUGGCUGACGCUGGCUGGCCUGCGCAGUCUGGUGGGCCAGGUGAGGAGCGGCCAAACCCUGCGCAUUGCUUGUGCUGUUGUGAAACAAUGGAUGGACGGCGUCAAGAUUCACAUGUCCUCCAGAAAGCAAUGUCCCUGGCCUGCCACAGAGAAGGAACAAAUCUAUGAGAAUCUUGAUGAGCUCUUCUUCUCUGUGGUGAGGAACUGGCAGGACUGCAAGGAGGAAGAGGACAAACAGGCCGUCCUUGGAGCUGUGGCUGCCAUGAUGACUGUCCUCCUGCAAGAGGAGCUGCCCCGAGAGCACGUCUGGGAGCAGUUCCUCUGGCUCGUGCACCCGUGUCAGGAAAUCCAAGACACCUGCAGGGUGGCCAAGGUGAGAUGUUGCGCAGGGCUCAGUGUGGAUGUGGCCCGUGUAAGUGCCACGAGGGGUCAGGGGGAU